GUCCCUUUCUUCUUUCCUCUACUGUAUCCCUCUUCUUCCCGAAGGCUCCUUUUCUCCUCCUCUUCCUCUUCUCCUCAGCACUCUCCCUUCUCCCACUUCCUAUAAAUCUUUUGCAAUACCUCCACCAUUGCUUAAUUCCCUCUCAACUGCCCCUUUAACAUGGAUUUGUUUACUUCUUCUACUCCACCAUCUUCUUCUUCCUUUACUUCUUCUUCUGGGAUCGGUGGAGAAAGAGAAAGUGGCAGCUACAGCUCCCUUGUUUCUGAGAUGCUUGGAAGGGUGAUUUGUGCCAUAGUGACCUGUGUUUUUGCCAUAGUUGGUUCAUUCAUAGGGGCUGUCACAGGUUCUUUGAUUGGCCUAGCCACCGAAAGUGGUUUAUUCCGAGGGGCUGGAAUUGGAGCUAUUUCUGGAGCUGUUUUCUCAAUCGAGGUUGUCGAAUCAUCUCUUGAUCUCUGGAACUCCAAUGAAUCAGGGAUUUGGAGUAUCUUAUACCUGAUGGACAUUGUCUCUAGUCUUUUGAGUGGAAGGCUUGUUCGAGAGAAGGUUGGACCAGCUGUCCAAAGUGCAGUGCAGAGUCAGAUGAGUGCCCUGGACUCACCCUACAUAGAGGUUCCUGAUUUCUUUGAAACUGGAGACCCGGUGGGCAUGUCGAAGGAUUCUGUCGACAAGCUCCCAAAGAUUGAAAUUACUACAGAUAACAAUGUGGAUGCCUCAGGUGACAGAAUCUGCUGUUCGGUAUGCCUGCAGGACUUCCAAAUUGGAGAGACAGCAAGGAGCUUGCCUGAGUGUCGGCACAUAUUCCAUUUACCGUGCAUCGAUAAUUGGCUUACUAGACAUGGUUCUUGCCCUCUGUGCAGGAGGGAUAUUGAGAUCCUUUCCCUGUAAACGAGGGUAGAUGCUUUCUUUGCAACGUCCAUAUAAACAAAUAUGGUUUUGAAUCUGUUUUUAUUACAGACAAGUUUAUUUGUGGUUUAACAAUUUUUAAAAGUUUUGCCUGCCAUCUGUAUCAGCUAACUAUUUCGUGUAUAAUUUGUUGUUAAUAUUUCCCUUCUUAAAAUCAGUAAUUGUAUAAAGGAAUGUAGUGUCGUGUGGACUGCAAUAUCUACCUUAAAGAGAAUAUUGUGUCAAAGUAAAUGUUGGAUAAAA